CUAGCAUGCUGAUGCCCCCACAAGGUGCAUAUCAACAAGGCGUUCCGUCUCCUGUGGCCCAUCCUUUAUUCAAGAUCUUGGGAGUUAAAUCCUCGCUGAAGACUGAACAGUAUGGGCAUGAAACGCAUCGUAACCGGCCACGCAUCAACCUGCACUCCAGGGAAGGAGCCGGUUGUCAAGAUCCUCAUCAACGGGGAACCGUCGUACACUUCCCACGCAAACACGGUUCAGAUCGCACAGGUGUGGCAGACGCAUGGUACACCGACACAUGUCCAAGGCGAGAAGGAUGAGACGGAGGGCGCGAACCCGAAUGCGAUUGUUGUCCAAGAUGGGAGCAAUAUGAGGUGGGGAGAGCUCCAGCCGGGCGCGUUUGUUGCUAUGCACCGUACCUCUUCGGUCGAUUACAACAUCAUGACACAUGGUACGAUCGCUCUGGUCACGCCCAAGGAGGAGCUCGACCCAUCAGACAUCCCGACGGAUCUGAACGACCCCCGCCUGGAGCAUACACUCGCGAGUCAGGGAGAUGUGAUCAUCCAGCGAGGGACGCUGCACGGGUGGCUCAACAAGGGCGACGUCCCCGCUGCGUGGGUGAGUGUGAUCCUACCUGCCGACAGCUAUAAGACCGCAGAGGGUGAGACGGUGAAAGAUGGAUUUUGGGCAAAGAGGAGCGCUUAGUGUGAAUUGAAGGAAUAAUUGAAGGAAUACAGAAAGCAAGGUUAUC